GAGUGAGAGGGGGAAGUCUCUGGGAAGAGGCUGUGGGAAGAGGUUGGAAUGAAUGUGAAUGCUGUGGGCUGGAGUUUACUAAAGUCCAGAAAUUCUUACAGACUUUGAAAUAAUUACAGGGUUUAACUCAGAAACAGCACCAUAGUGAUUCUCCCAUACUGAUUAAAACACAGUUUACAGAUAAAACAAACUCACCAGAGGCUUUAUUAUCACUGUUAUCACAAUUUUCACUAUUAUUAUCACUGUUAAAGCGAGGACUGUUCUCCGAGCUGCUGCUGCUGCUGCUGAGUGCCAUCAUGAGUGUGCUGCCCCCUGUCCGUAAGGACCGCGUCAUCCCACAGCUUCCCAAGUUCUUCAAUGAAGGUGCUGCUUUACACACAGAGGAUGAGUUUGACACCAAGGUGAAGACAGCCUGCCAGGAGCAGAGGACUGGGACAGUAGGUAGGUUUAAAAUCUCCAAGGUUAUUGUGGUUGGUGACCUGGCAGUGGGGAAGACGUGUCUGAUUAAUAGGUUCUGUAAAGAUGCGUUUGACAAAAAUUACAAAGCAACCAUCGGCGUGGACUUUGAGAUGGAGAGGUUUGAAGUGCUUGGAGUUCCUUUUAGCCUGCAGCUGUGGGACACUGCAGGUCAAGAGAGGUUCAAGUGCAUUGCUUCCACAUAUUACAGAGGAGCACAAGCUGUAAUAAUUGUUUUUGAUUUGACUGAUGUGGCCUCAUUGCAGCACACCAGGCAGUGGCUGGAGGAUGCUAUGAAAGAGAAUGACCCCACCAACGUGUUGCUCUUUCUAGUGGGAACAAAGAAAGACUUGAGUUCUCCUGCGCAGUAUUCCCUCAUAGAAGAGGAUGCUGUUAAAAUGGCAGCAGAGAUUAAAGCUGAGUACUGGGCUGUAUCCUCUUUGUCUGGUGAGAACGUGAGGGAGUUUUUCUUUCGCGUGGCGUCACUUACGUUUGAAUCCAACGUGCUGGCAGAGCUGGAGAAAAGUGGCUCCAGGCGCAUUGGAGAAGUUGUCAAAAUCAACAGUAACUCACCUAACUUAUAUGCAACAAAUAAGAAGAAGCAGAACUGCUGCCACUGAAGGGAGUCUUUCAGAAAAAAAAACUCUGCGAUUUGCACUAAAGACAAGACGGUACCAAAGCAACCAUAGUGGUUGGGUUAGCUCUCUGUGGAAAGGGUGGAGCUGAAAGCAGUGUUGGAAUUGAGGGAGCAUUCCUUUGCUGGAUGAGGGUUUUUUUUUGUGG